UAAAAUAAAAUAACCAGAGCAGUGGUUUUAAUGUUCUCUUUAAUUCCCUCUACAAGCCUGAAAAGUAGGUAUACUGCGAUCCCUUUCUGAAAAAUGAGGAAAGGGAGAUCCAGGUGGUGAAAUGCCUGGCUCAGGUUUCACACUAAUUGGCAGGGUCAGGAUUUAGCAGCUUCAAAGAAAGCGCCUUCUCCACUACUCCAGGGAGUCUCUAGGACACUAAAGGGGAUUAGACCUGUUUCCCACAGCUUUAGGAAGAAUUCGGAUUCCAAAAACAGCUUGAUUUUUAAAAUCAUAAAAACACCUGCUGUAUUAUCACCUACAACGUAUCUCUGUAUAGGCUUAAAAAGGCUCAGCAGCUUUAUGGGUUAUAUAAGGCUUUUUACCCACCUUACUCUGUUUAAUCUUAACUGCCCCAUGAGCAGGUUAUAUCAUCUUCCCCAUUUCACAGGUAAAACUAAGGAGAGAUGGAAAGACUAACUCUCCAUAGCCUGUAGGAGGUGGCAGAGAUGAGAGUGCAAACUCGGGCCUGACUGGCAUGUGUUUCCCUCUGCCUCUUGCCUGCAAAAAAAAUAGUUGGUAAGAAACACACUUUAUUCAGUAAUACAAACGAAAAGAAAAAGGUUUUCUGUUGCCAAGAUUCACAAGGGAGCGGAGUGAGUGGUCACUCACUGCUUAACACUCUAAUUUCACAAGUGAAGAAAGUGAAGUUCCAACAAAAUAGGCCUCUUGGAAGAAAUGUAGACGUCGCUGUCCUUUAACGAGGAAAAUUGCGUUCUCCUUCGCGCCUAUGUAUCCCUUCACACCAACGCUGCGAGUACCACAGGGCAGAAAUGGGUGCUUGUGGUAUUCCUGCACAUAGGACCUCCUCCCCAGGACGGCAGUUACCCGCACUGCUCACAUAUUUGCAUUUCUGUGGCCCCCUGUCAGCCGACUCUGCAAUACGUGGUAAGCGCUUGACAUUCGCCGUCUCAUUUCCCCAACUCCACUCGCACUUCCCCUUUCCGUGCAGGCGAAGGACAGAUUCAGGUUACGGGAGGGAAAGAACAUUUCAAUGAAUGUCAGUCGCCUUUAUCUCUAUCAAAGCCAGUCGUGACAAGUUUGUCUAUUAAUGCAGCAACCAGUACUGUCGCAUAAGCCUCAUAGAUUUACAGAGAGGCCAUUUUAGAAACACGACCGAAACUUAGCGAAGUCAGCUUUGCCCAAGAUCACGCCACUCGCACAACAGCUGAGGUUCGAACCCGCACCGGGAAGGCUCGGAGGACCCCAAUCUCCUAUCUCAAAUUCCCCACUGCCGAAGCCCCACGGUUCUCUGCCGAUGCGAACCGUGCAAAUACACGGGUGGUCACGCCACACGCCGCGCUAGCCGCCAGCCCAGGCCCAUCUCGCCGCCGCCUCCCCGGGAGAGUGUCGUGCCGCGAGUCUCGGGUCCCAAGUGCCACCCGCUCUGCCCCGCAGUGCGCGUGGGAACGCGGUGGCGGCGGCCUCGGGGCUGCCCACGGCGACCGCCUGCGCGCACGGGAGCGGGCUUCUGCUGUCCCCGCCGCGGCUUCCUCCUCGCCACCACCGCCUCCCCACCGCCCGGCCCGCGCAGGGGCUGGCGUCCGGGGGGCGUGCGGCGAUGCUUCUUUUCCGCCCGGCACCGCUGCAGCCACCUCACAUCCGGGCGCGCGGCGGGGAAGGCGGCGCCGGGGCCCGGGUGCAGAGCAUUGUAGACCAAGGAGCCAUGGAUAGGAGAAGUGUGGGUGAAACAGAAAAUGGAGAUGCUUUCCUUGACCUGAAGAAGCCACCUGCCUCCAAAUGCCCCCAUCGCUAUACAAAAGGGAUCUUCUUGUGCUCAGAUACCACCUUAAGCAUCUUAGGAUCAUGCUGGAAGGAAGAACUCUUGGAUAUAAAAGAACUCCCCCAUUCCAAACAGAGGCCUUCGUGCCUUUCUGAAAAAUAUGACAGUGAUGGUGUCUGGGACCCUGAGAAGUGGCAUGCCUCUCUCUACCCAGCUUCAGGGCGAAGCUCGCCAGUGGAAAGUCUGAAGAAAGAGUUGGAUACAGACCGGCCUUCCCUGGUGCGCAGGAUAGUAGAUCCACGAGAGCGUGUGAAAGAAGAUGACUUAGAUGUUGUUCUCAGCCCUCAGAGACGGAGCUUUGGAGGGGGCUGCCACGUGACAGCUGCUGUUAGCUCCCGGCGCUCAGGAAGUCCAUUAGAGAAAGAUAAUGAUGGGCUUCGUCUGCUUGGUGGACGUAGGAUUGGCAGUGGGAGGAUAAUCUCUGCCCGGACCUUUGAGAAGGAUCACCGUCUUAGCGAUAAGGACCUGCGAGACUUGAGAGACAGAGACCGAGAGAGGGACUUCAAGGACAAGCGUUUCAGGAGAGAGUUUGGAGAUAGUAAGCGUGUCUUUGGUGAGCGUAGAAGAAAUGAUUCUUAUACAGAAGAAGAACCAGAGUGGUUCUCUGCUGGACCCACAAGUCAGUCUGAAACCAUCGAACUGACUGGCUUCGAUGAUAAGAUACUAGAAGAAGAUCACAAAGGGAGAAAAAGAACAAGGCGACGGACAGCCUCUGUGAAGGAAGGUAUAGUAGAGUGCAAUGGAGGAGUGGCCGAAGAAGAUGAAGUGGAGGUCAUCCUUGCACAGGAGCCCGCAGCUGAUCAGGAAGUGCCAAGGGAUGCCAUCUUGCCUGAGCAGUCCCCAGGAGAAUUUGACUUUAAUGAGUUCUUUAACCUUGAUAAGGUGCCAUGCUUGGCUUCGAUGAUAGAAGAUGUUUUGGGAGAAGGGUCAGUCUCUGCCAGUCGGUUCAGUAGGUGGUUCUCUAACCCGAGCAGAUCAGGAAGCCGAUCCAGCAGUCUUGGGUCAACACCACAUGAAGAGCUAGAGAGACUUGCAGGUCUGGAGCAAGCCAUCCUCUCUCCUGGACAGAACUCGGGGAAUUACUUUGCUCCUAUACCAUUGGAAGACCAUACUGAAAAUAAAGUGGAUAUUUUAGAAAUGCUACAGAAAGCCAAAGUGGAUUUGAAACCUCUUCUUUCUAGCCUUUCUGCAAAUAAAGAAAAACUUAAAGAAAGCUCACAUUCAGGGGUUGUGCUUUCUGUGGAGGAGGUAGAAGCAGGUCUGAAGGGCUUGAAGGUGGACCAGCAAGUGAAGAAUUCAACUCCUUUCAUGGCAGAACACCUAGAAGAGACCUUGAGUGCUGUAACCAACAAUCGACAACUCAAGAAAGACGGAGACAUGACUGCGUUCAACAAGCUAGUGAGCACCAUGAAGGCAAGUGGGACUUUGCCUUCUCAGCCCAAAGUCAGCCGAAACCUUGAAAGCCAUUUGAUGUCCCCUGCUGAGAUUCCAGGCCAGCCUGUCCCUAAGAACAUCCUGCAGGAACUUCUGGGUCAACCAGUUCAGAGACCUGCUUCUUCCAAUCUUCUGAGUGGCCUUAUGGGGAGCUUGGAGCCUACAACAUCUUUACUGGGCCAAAGAGCACCCUCUCCUCCCUUGUCACAGGUGUUUCAAACUCGAGCAGCCUCAGCUGACUACCUUCGCCCAAGAAUACCAUCACCAAUUGGUUUCACACCAGGACCACAGCAGCUACUCGGAGAUCCAUUCCAAGGCAUGCGCAAACCCAUGAGCCCCAUCACGGCCCAGCAGAUGAGCCAGCUGGAGUUGCAACAGGCAGCUUUAGAAGGGCUGGCCUUGCCACAUGACCUUGCUGUACAGGCAGCAAACUUCUACCAGCCUGGUUUUGGCAAACCACAGGUGGACAGAACCAGAGAUGGAUUCAGAAACAGGCAACAGCGAGUGACCAAGUCACCAGCACCAGUGCAUCGAGGGAAUUCCUCUUCCCCUGCCCCUGCUGCCUCCAUCACAAGCAUGCUUUCUCCUUCCUUUACCCCUACCUCAGUGAUUCGUAAGAUGUACGAGAGCAAAGAGAAAAGCAAGGAGGAGCCAAUAUCUGGAAAAGCAGCUCUUGGUGACAGUAAAGAGGAUACUGAGAAGGCCAGUGAAGAGAACCUCCUGUCCUCCAGCUCUGUACCCAGUGCCGAUCGAGACUCUUCUCCCACUACAAAUCCAAAACUGUCAGCGUUACAGAGGUCUUCGUGUUCCACCCCACUGUCCCAGACCAGCCGUUACACCAAAGAACAAGAUUAUCGACCUAAAGCAACUGGGAGAAAAACACCCACCUUGGCAUCCCCAGUUCCUACAACACCUUUUCUCCGCCCUGUCCACCAAGUUCCCCUUGUCCCCCAUGUCCCUAUGGUUAGGCCUGCUCACCAGCUUCACCCAGGGUUGGUACAGAGGAUGCUGGCCCAGGGAGUACAUCCACAGCAUCUUCCAAGUUUGCUUCAAACUGGUGUGCUUCCUCCUGGGAUGGACUUGACUCAUUUACAGGGAAUAUCUGGCCCUAUCCUGGGUCAGCCCUUUUACCCUUUACCUGCUGCUAGUCACCCUCUCUUAAACCCUCGUCCUGGAACACCUCUGCAUCUGGCAAUGGUGCAACAGCAGCUACAGCGCUCAGUUCUGCAUCCUCCAGGCUCUGGUUCCCAGGCAGCAGCUGUCAGCGUUCAGACAACUCCUCAGAACAUGCCCAGCCGGUCGGGCCUGCCCCACAUGCACUCCCAGCUGGAGCAUCGCCCCAGCCAGAGGAGCAGCUCCCCUGUGGGCCUUGCCAAAUGGUUUGGCUCAGAUGUGCUACAGCAACCCCUGCCUUCGAUGCCUGCCAAAGUUAUCAGUGUAGAUGAAUUGGAAUACCGACAGUGAGCAGGGCAGGCAGACUCAACUAAGCCCGGACCUGUGGUGGCACCCUGGGCAGGACCCUACUUCCUCAUCUCGGGUUGGUUUAUGGGCUUUUACUUUGGAGCACUCUGUGUGAAGCUAUUUGGUGGAACCCAUGCACCUGGUGUGGUCCGCAUUAUGAUGGAAGGAUCUUAACCAGUCGAGUGGAGUGUACAUUGAAUACAGGAUGCACAAUGUUGUCAAUCCUGGAAAUGGUCUUUCUUUUUUGUAAGAUAUGUGAAUGAAGUGUUGGUGUCCUCACCAAGAGGUGGCACCUAAGGGUUCUGAGGAAAUAAAUGUAUAGACCCUUAUGUACAGACCUGUGUAUAAACAACUUUUGUAUAUACAUAUAGGAUAGCUUUUUUGAACUUAUACAGCUGUACAUAAAAGUAGCUGAUAUUAGUUAGGCCUGUGUCAACAGUUUGGAUUUUUUUCACUUGUACAUUUGGGAUUUUCUUUUGGUUGAUUAAAAUUGCAUAUGCUAAGUGUGUGAAUGAAGUAA